AUGACUAAGUUAACUGAUAAAGAUAGUAUUUUUUAUGAGGAUUAUUCAGUUCCGUAGGUUUUUUUGAUUUUUUACGUUUUUCUAGCUUCAACAUUAAUUUUAUUUGUCUUAAAUUUUUUUAUCAGCUUAAUUGAUUACUUGCAGGUUAGAAUAUAGACUAGCACAUCAACGACAGGUAGGGCCAGGUUACACUAACCGAGAUGGUGUUAUGGUACCGCGAGAUCUUCAGCCAGUUCCAGGAGACAGGCUAACACUUUAUAGGCGAUUUAGAGAUCCUAGAACUGGUCGUAUCUUUGCUUUGGAUUUGCUAAAUCAUUGGUAUUAUGCUAAGAAUGACAGUUCUGAUUUUUGGUUGGUUGAAGAUACGAAUAGUGCUGGCAAUCCGAGCAGAAUCAGACUGAAAUGGUGUAAAGUAAGUAUUUUUGUAUUUAUUUCAUGUUUAGGUGUUUGUUUUUGUGGCAAUUGUGUAAAUAAUGUUCUACAUCUAAUUUCUAGUUUGUUUCUUGCUUUAUGCAAAAUAGGAAUAUUUUAUUCAAGUUUAUAGUUGAUUUUAGGUAACAGAAAUACCUAGAUCACUAUUUUCUCAAAAAGUACUGGACUUUCGGCAAAUUUUUGGGACUGAUGAAUAUAUGCGACCAUUUCUAAAACUUCGCGAGACUGACGGAGGUCAGGAUUUUAUGGUAUAUCCGUAUGACACAUUUGGAAACCCUAUCUUUCCUGUGUGCCCGAUAUUAUCGGUGAAUAUGAGUGAUUUCGACAAGUAUAAGCCUUGUCCAAACCACAAGUUUUACGGUGAUGGACAUCGGUGUUUAUCUUACGAUAAUGAUGGUUUUCCAAUAUUUCCUUUGAACAAAGAUGGCGAUCCGGUUGUCCCGAUGUCAAAGUGUGGAAGUGGGUGCUUUUGACACUUGUGUUUUAAUUUAGAUACUUUUAAAAUUUUUUAUUACUUGAAAAAAGAGAAAAUUAUACUGAUAUAUUAUUUUUAUCAAUGUUUAUUUAUUAUUAUUAACAUUUUUUGUUUGAUCACAAAUUCUUUAGGAUACCCUAUUUAUCCCUCGGACAUGUUUGGUCUUGGUGUUAUAUUUCCUGUUGACGAAAUGGGAGCUCCAAUGAUGGCGGUAAAUAUUCAAGGAGAACAACAGCCUUACAAAAACCCAUUUGGACACAUUGAGGUGCCAACUUCUUUGUCUUCCAUGGCCACAUUGGUGUCACUGCAGAAGGAUGGCAGAUACCUUAACGUCAGAGACGUUUUGAAGACGGAAUGGUUGAGAAUCUUAAACGAUCGACACAAGGCAAAGGUUUGGGGAUCAAAACGGAUUGUUAAGGAAAAGAAAGGUGGAGAUAGGCGGUAUCGAAAGCAUUCAUAUGGUUUGAAGAGACCAGCGUACUAA